AUGGCCAUUGGGGGAUUCGACGUUGAUGCUUCAUCCAAUGCCUUCAGCGGCAAGAUAACACUCUCCGUUGUGCUCACUUGCAUCGUUGCUGCAUCCGGUGGACUCAUUUUUGGAUAUGAUAUCGGAAUUUCAGGAGGUGUAACUACAAUGAAACCAUUUCUAGAGAAAUUCUUCCCAGCAAUACUGAGAAAAUCUGCUAGCGCUGAAACAAACAUGUACUGCGUGUAUGAUAGUCAACUGUUGACAUUAUUCACGUCCUCGCUUCACUUAGCGGGGCUAGUGUCGUCUUUGCUAGCCAGCAGAGUCACCACGGCGUUGGGUCGGAGAAACACCAUGGUCUUUGGUGGUUGCAUCUUCUUUGCCGGUGCAGCCGUUAAUGGUGCUGCCCAAAACAUCGCUAUGCUCAUCUUGGGUCGUAUCUUGCUCGGUCUUGGGGUCGGUUUCACUAAUCAAGCCACGCCGGUGUACCUUUCUGAAAUCGCUCCCCCAAAAUGGCGAGGUGCGUUCAACACAGGCUUCCAAUUCUUCAUAGGACUUGGCGUAGUGAUUGCCAAUUGCAUAAACUACGGCACAGCGAGGCUCACAUGGGGGUGGGGUCUUUCACUUGGCCUCGCCACAGUCCCUGCAAUCAUUAUGACAAUUGGUGCAUUCCUAAUACCCGACACUCCCAGCAGCUUAGUGGCACGUGGACACAUAGAGAAAGCACGAAAUGCGUUGCGCAAAGUGAGGGGUCCCACAAUUGACGUGGAACCUGAACUGCAACAAGUUAUUAGGUUGUCACAAGUUUCUGAAGCGAUGGAGCAGGAGAGUUUUGUGACCAUAUUUGAGAAUCAGUAUCGACCUCAUUUGGUGAUGGCGUUUGUUAUUCCCUUAUCUCAGCAGCUCACGGGAAUCAAUAUUGUUGCUUUUUAUGCACCUAACCUCUUUCAAUCUGUGGGCUUGGGAAAUGACUCAGCUUUGCUUUCAGCGGUUAUACUUGGACUCGUGAACCUUGCUUCUAUCCUUGUCUCUACUGCUGUUGUUGAUCGAUUUGGUCGAAGAUUCUUGUUUGUAGUCGGUGGCGUUCAAAUGCUUCUCUGCAUGAUUGCGGUGGCUAUUGUGCUAGCACUAGUGAGUGGUGUUCAUGGUACAGAGCACAUCUCAAAGGGCAUCGCUAUAUUGGUAUUGGUGCUAUUGUGUUUCUAUGCAGCAGGUUUUGGUUGGUCAUGGGGCCCUCUCUGCUGGCUAAUUCCAAGUGAGAUUUUUCCUUUAAAGAUUAGAUCCACUGGACAAAGCAUAGCCAUUGCUGUGCAGUUCUUAACCGUUUUCGUUUUAUCCCAAACAUUCUUAACAAUGCUAUGCCACUUCAAGUUUGGGGUUUUCCUCUUCUAUGCUGGUUGGAUUGCAGUGAUCACCAUCUUUAUUAUACUAUUCUUGCCCGAGACCAAAGGAAUUCCUUUGGAUUCAAUGUAUACAAUAUGGGGCAAACACUGGUAUUGGCGACGGUUUAGUGUUAAAGCACAAGAUAACCAAGUUACAUGA